CGUCUACUGCCAGUCUAAAUGUAUACCUCGAUGAAGUCAAAGUAAAAACUUUUCAGUUAAAAAAAAAUCUUUUACAAUGCAGGUUAAAAUUAUUCUGAUCUUUUUAGCUAUUUACGCGAUCGCGCCCAUCCAUGGGGACUUUGCUCAGGACGCCCUUAAGCGGCACAAUGAGAUAAGAAAAGGACACGGUUGCCCGGACCUGCAGCUGGACGACGAACUCUCCACCGAUUGCCAAGCAUAUGCCAAGACUCUGUCCGAAAAGGGUAAAAUCGAGCCAUCGAAUGGGGAUGGGUAUACGGAAAACUUGUGCAUAACUAUCCUCAAGCCGAUAGACUGCUUAGAGAGCUGGUACAUGGAGAGGGCCCUACACGAUUAUUCUGCACCAAGGUUGAACGCGGAAACGGAACACUUCACGGCCAUGAUCUGGAAAUCUUCUACCAAACUGGGCAUCGGCCUCGUUACAAAGGAUGAUAACAAUUAUGUUGUGGCGCGGUACAAGCCAAAAGGAAAUGUCAAAUCGGAAUUCAAGGAAAAUGUUCCCAGGCCCACGGGCAAGGCGGAUCAUGCUACGUCAUUUAGCUUUGGUGUUCUUGUUCUAGGUUCGGUUUUCAUUCAAUAUUUUUGGAUCCCUUAGUAAUUAUGUUUUGAACUUCACGUAAGCUGCUGUAAA